AAGACCGCCAGUAUUCACCUGAAAGUUAGUCCUCCGCACAGUUUAGCACGUUUAGUCGACACAUUGCAUCGCGACGAAAAUGUGCUCCGGUACAACAUUCAAAUUCCUGUGCUACUUCUAUGCAUGCUGUAAUAUAUUCUGCGCAAUUAGCAUUGCGGUUGGUGCAGACAAAGUAAGUGAGAAAAUUACGCGUGAUAACUGUAGCAGUGGCACCAGCUCUGAAAUCUCUUCGCUUGGAAACAAUGCUGCGCAGGAAAUUUGCAACAAGAAAACGUAUGCUGCCUUGGUGUUCAUGUUGGCUCUGGGAUGCUUUAUGUCUCUAUUGAUGGUGGUUGGAGUGGCGAUGGAGAAAAGUGUGCUCAUUAAAGCAUUUAGGAUAUUCCUGUACUUCAACAUGAUAUUUCUGUUCGGAUGUUGGCUAUCGAUAUUUUGUGCAUUCUAUGGAAGCCACAGCUCAAUGCUUAUGUUGCUAUGGGGAUUUGUGCUUGUUCUGUGUAUAGGGUACUUUGGCAUGCAAAUCUGGAUCACGACAGGUGCUCAUGAAGCUGUACUACGAAAAUCAUUUGAUUCUCCAGUUGACGUGAGGCCGUGCACUGUAAAAUUUUAAAUGCAUUAGUUCAUUAGUAGUCUAGAAACAUCCCAUCAAAAUUGUUACAAAGAAGCAAAGAAGAGCUGGCAUUUUAAAUUACACCAGUCGUAAAUAUCCCUCCCAACCACAAGAGGAAGCACUUCUGCAUAUGACUGUCUUCUGGAGUUCCUCCGGCUGGGUUGCAAUAAGGUUGAACAGCCACCUCGCCGCCGUAUGCACCGAAAAGACGCCAUCGUUAUGAAAAACUACCAAAUUGAUACUCCCCAGGUGAACCGUCUGUAGCAUUCUGUUGCGAAUGGUAAAUGGCCAUCCAAAAUUGAAAGUGUAAAAUCGGAGAAGAGUAAGUGGAAUAAAUUACAUUUAAAUCGAGCAGGGGUGGAAGAGUGAAGCAAGUUAACAAGAAAACCAAAGUGGAUAGAAGAAAAUGAUUGGUGCAAAGCUGUUUCCGCUUCUGAUUUAUGUAUCAUCCUUGCUGGCCGUUUCUGUCGUUUGCGUUUCGUCGAAUGUCGAAGAUUUUAUCGUGUUUAAUAGCGCUUGUUACGAUGAUAGCGAUUACGUGAGUGAUAAUUUGAGCUUGAGAGAUCUGGUAGCAUCCAACGAUGUGAUAGUGAAAGCAUUCGCCGGAGAUGGCAAUUACCUUCGUCCUGAGUUGGUGGCUUCCGGUGCUACCAGGGCAAAUAAAGAAGAAUCCGGUGGAAAUCAGGGCGGAAGUGACGGAAGAAAAGCGAAAAGCACCGAUGGAAUUAGACGAAGCGAUCGAAGCGCAAACAGUACCACACAACGGGAAGCUCGGCACGGAAAUGAAGAAAAUGGAAAUGCAAGUUCCAUUAGCGGGGAAGACUUUAUCAUGCGUCUUGAACCAUCGAUGGUCUACAAGGGCAACGACAUCUUCAAAAGGCUAAAGCUGAUCAACUGGAAACAUUUUGUAAUUAUUAAAAGCAUCGCUACCAGCCACAAAAAUAGAUCUGCCUUGUUGGGUCAGCCUCCAGUUGGAAACAGCCAACAGUUUCAUCAGAGCGAGGCACCAAGCAUAAAAAGGAAACUCGAUACCAAGAACAAUAAGUACACCAACGUUAGUUAUAGAUCCAAGUGCAGUGGGAAAAAACCUAUAACUAGCAGCAUAAAUAAUGGCGCAAAGCAGGAGACACACGAUUCAAACAGUACCUUCCCCAAGUCGACGCAAGACAAUAAUGAUGAUAACCUCAGUAGGAACACAACCAGCAAUAAUACCAGUAACCAACAUCGCACCAAGGACGACGAGAGCCUAGAGUAUACCAACCGAGACCAUCCUACAGUGGCUAGCGUCCUUGGUGAAAUAUUGCCGACCGAGUUAAUCAUCUUCGGAAGAUUAGAUAGCAAAAGCAAUCUGCAAGUUGAUCUGCUUAGUGGCUUGCUGCUCUUUAGUAAGGAACUAGAGUCAUCGAUAUGGAGUGAGUUGGGAUGGAGCGAGUGGAGCGAAUACACCCCUUGCAGCGUAUCCUGUGGAAAGGGGGUUCAGCAACGUUUUCGGCAUUGUUUGAACAGACCAGAACCAGGAGAGCCGAGCACACCUAGGACCGGCAAAAGGAUGUCAUCCACGCAAACUACACCGUCCCGGCAAAAGCCGUAUGUAAAUAUUGAGCAUCCCAGCAGGAAGGAUGAUAUGAUGAAUAAUGAAAAUGUAAAUCCCUCGUCACCAUUUACGACACCGUUCACGACAUCGACUCUAACUCCGGUGGAAGGAGAAAGCGUGCUAGCAGAGCCAACGGUAGCAUUUGCUGAUGACGAUUACCACCAACCGGAGAACAACGCCUCUGUCGACAACGACGAAGAAUCUCAGGAAACGAACGAAGACACUUCAGCGUCAACGACAGAUCUUCAUGCUGCAAUUGAGAGGCGUUUUAAUGAAAGUACUAAUGCAAAUAGUAGCGAAAGGAGCAUUCAAGAGCAGCAUCCAGCCUCCAGCAGACAUUUUCGAGAGAUUUUUCCACAACGAGAAAAUCAACACAAUGGAAACAAACCUGGUACCCCUGUGUUCUCCUUCAGCCGCUCCUCGAGGAGGAAAGCUCGUGACAAAAAGCAUACAACCGUGACCGCAGAUCCCCUCUGUGAAGGAUAUAACAUCGAACAAAGAAACUGCAACAUGUUUGAAUGCACAGGCACUGUGGAUUUGUUAGCCGGGAGUUUGACGCACCAGUCUGCAGUAGGAGAAAUAUGGGAAAAUCGGAUAAAUUACGCAAUAAAUCAAAUCGAAACCAACUUCACACUAAUGAUUAAUCUUCGGUCAAAGACGCAACAUCCCUACCGAAUGGACGACCCUAACGAGCAGCAGCCAAAUAAAAUCCUGUCGUUGCGUUCGCAAUUGGCUAGUAGCUCAAGUUUGUCGAUAAAUUUCGUUAACGAUGGGCAUGGUGGAUUGAAAGUAAUUCAGGAAAAGUUCGGCCUCUCCGAGAUGCUGCCAGUUGAGCGGAAUUUAUUAGACGGCAAAUGGCAUACGGUCGCCCUAAGUGGACGGAACGGAGGAUACAUAAACGUGUACAUCGACUGCUUAUGGGUGAACUCGUUCGUCCUUUCGAGAGGAGCCAUCGAGCUACCGCAGUAUCCGGUGAUUGAAGCAGGACGUGAUAUUGAACUUCGACAGUUAACUUUGGUCCCCGGUGGCAGCGAACGACUUCAGUGCGCAACCGAUACCAUCCCCAUCACGGACAUCGAAAACCGGCAGGUGACCAAUUUUUUCGAAGGAAUACAUUAGCAUUGAUGGAAUGCAGUGGAUGCGAAAAUUGAGAAACUAUCGUUGGCCUUCAAUAUUGAUAGCUUGCUUUUGCAGUGAGUUGUAGCUAAAUAUAGACUAGACAAGAAUAACACAAGGCAACACUGGUACACGUACUUUGACCAUUCGCAAUGGUUUCAAUAGAUUUUGGCUAACUGAUUUUGGAUCUAUUCUUAGAAUUUUCGAAAGACCUA